AUGGCUCCACCAAUUGCCAAGGCAACUUUGUCUCUUCUACUUGCCUGCGCCGCCCCAGCAGAAGGUGUUGAGACCGUCUGGUCAGCUUUCGCAUACGUUUUGAAUGGCGAGCGCACUCCGUUUCACGGACCAGGAGCAAGUCAUGGCACUUUGACUUCCAUUGGCGCGCAGCAGAUGUAUUCGCAGGGAUCGCUGUUCAAAACCAGAUGGCUCACCACUUUAUCUGGCAGUGAAAGCAAUGUGACGACCAAUGCUCAGAUAGCCAACUUGGAAACAUCAGCCAUUGACAACAGCCAGCUCUGGAUUUCCAGCAGUAGAGACGAAUUUGUCGCUACGGGCGCCUUGGCUUUCGUACAGGGACUUUAUCCGCCCAGCAAGCAAUCGUUCGCCAGCAACAAUGGCGGCAUUGAGGCAGCAGUGCUUGCUAAUGGCUCGCUUAUUGACUUCCCGCUCGAUGGCUACAUGUACCCAAAUAUCCGAACUCUGUCUGUUUCAGAAUCCGAGUCGGUUUGGCUUCAAGGUCACAGGACCUGUACCAACUACUACAGAGCUACUGGUAGUGGCAAUCUCAAAAGCAACAAACAGAUAGCUGAGCUCUAUAAUGAGUCCUACCCACAUUAUCAGGAUCUUUGGUCGACAGUCUUCGAUGGCACUUUCCCACUGGCCGCGGCGAGCUUCGACAACGCAUAUGAUCUAUAUGACUUUGCGUCAUACCAGUACAUGCACAACAAGACAAUUCGAGAGGUGCUGCAUGAAGACGAGCUCUUCUGGUUGUCAGAAUUUGCAAGCAUCCAACAAUAUACCACGAACAGCGCUCGCAGCCUUUCUGGCUCAGAAGAUGGUGACCCUAUUCGUGCUAUAUCCGGCCGCACGUUGGCGUCUAAAGUUGUCGUUCAGUUCCAGCAAAAUAUAUUGACGCAAGGCGACAGUUAUAAGCUCAACUUGAUGUUUGGAACAUUUGAGCCGAUGCUAGCAUUCUUUUCGCUCUCUGGACUAUCAACAGGUCGUUUGUCGGGGAUGUUUCAGGAGAUACCCAAGCCUGGUGGCGCAAUUGUUUUUGAGCUCUUCUCGGAAGGAACCGAUACUACGAACCUCCCCGAUUCAGAUGACUUAUGGGUGCGCUUCCUUUAUCGGAAUGGCACGGAUGUGGAUGCACCGAUUCUAGAAUACUCUCUUUUCGGCAAUGGCAACUCGGAGACGCGAAUCAAAUACAAAGACUUCGUCUCAAACAUCCGAGAAUUCUCGCUAGACGACAUCCCGACAUGGUGUGAGAUCUGCGACGCAGUUAGCAUAUUCUGUUCGGCAACGCGGCAAGCGUCUAGUCAAAAUUCAAGCGCUACUAGCAGCUCCAAAAAUCCCAAUAUGUCUCCUGUAGUGGCAGGCGUUAUUGGCGCGAUCAUGGGAAUCUCUAUAGUUGCAGUGGUUGCCGUGUUACUUUUUGUGUUUGGAGGAUAUAAUUUCCGUCGCAAGCCGGCAGGUCAAAAGGCCGCUGUUGGAGGUUUCAAGGGUGCUGAGAAGAUGUUAUCAGACAUGGACUUGUCCGUAGCCAAGAAUGGCGCUAGACAUGAACGUGUUGGAAGCUGGGAACUUGGCGCAUCUUGUCGCCCUGUUGCCACGGUCUCGAAAGACGAGCCUAUCGUCGGUGCAACUUUUCAUAAGACUCUCAUCGGUUACAGUCUACUGCUAGGAAAAACUACGGUAAUCGACGCGGGGAAUUGGUAUAUUUUUGUGUCGGAAAUGUCGCCGCAUCAUCAGAAAAGCCAAGGCACUGCGACCAAAGUGCCACAGAUGCUGAACAAGAUAGCGGAGUCAACCGGCGUAGAAAAAGUUCAGGAGUAUAUGGACUGGACUCGGGAGAAGGGACAAGAUCCGGAAACCCAGGACUGGAUGACCAAUAUCAUGCCAUAUUUAGAGGUCCAUUCCCACUCUAGCGCAAUGCCGCAUCCGCGUCUCAAUUUCCGGUUCACAGUCCAGCCUGUCCACUGCAAUCAGAUGAACAACCUUCACGGUGGUUGCACGGCAAGCAUAUUUGAUAUAUGUACAACUUUGCCAUUGCACCUUAUCAACAAGCCAGGUUUCUGGAUGUAUAUGGGCCCCAUUCCUUGUGGGACGACGAUCGACAUCUUCUGCGAGAUUUUGUCGAUAGGCAAGAGGCUAUGCACUACCAAAGGCGAGAUGAGAGCAGUGGACGAAGAUGGCAAUGUGGGUGCGUUACUAGCAGUAUGUGAGCAUGGGAAAGUAAGCACGGAUCCUCAGAUGCAGAAACUGUAG